CAGUCUAGCUUUGCUGAGUUUCAGAGGGUUCGAUUGCCUGAUAUUUUUCCUUGGACUUUUUCCUCGAUCGGAAUUCCCUUGUCAUAGGGGUACCAACACAGCAUGCGGUACCGGCCCAUAUCGGCGCGGUCAACGCCUGUCUUAAUUCUGUCGUUCCUCUCACUGCUUCAGCCUGCUCAGUUGGUCAAACACGAGAACUUCAAAACUUGCUCGCAAUCCGGCUUUUGCAAGCGUAAUCGUGCCUUAGCGGACCGAGCUCAAGCAGCCGGUGCUUCGUGGACCGCACCAUACGAGCUCGAUGAAAAGACCCUCCAGCUGAAAGACGGUGUCCUGACGGGCAAAAUAUGGAAAACAGAGGCUGGGGGAAUUGAACUUCCUCUGCAGAUCUCGCUUCUUGAGAACGGUAUUGCAAGAGUGACUAUCGACGAGGCUCAGCGAAAAGCGGGGGAGAUCACCUUCAGGCACGACAGUAAAGCUAGGAAGGAACGCUAUAAUGAAGCCGGGAAAUGGGCGCUGGUUGGGGGCCACAAGUGCCAGAGGACUGCAACAAUGGAGACAAAGGAGGGGGUCACAACUGUUGUUUACGGUCCAGAUAACUAUGAAGCACGGAUUACGCAUAAACCCUUUAGUGUUCAGUUUUUGAGGAAAGGGGAAGUUUAUGUUGUCCUUAAUGACAGGAAUCUCAUGAAUGUUGAGCAUUGGAGACCUAAGAUUGAGAAGCCCGAAGGAGAAGAGCCAACCGAGGAUGAGGAGACUUAUUGGGAGGAGACAUUUGGUGGAAACACUGAUUCUAAACCCAGAGGUAAUACCUACGCCUUCUCGUCUUCGACUCUUCGACUGUUUUGUUUUUUCCUCUAACGAUACCAAGGCCCUGAAUCCGUUGCUUUGGACAUUACUUUCCCGGGAUACGAUCACGUGUACGGCAUUCCUGAACAUGCUACUAGCCUUUCGCUCAAGGAAACCCGGGGAGGAGAGGGCCACUACAGUGAGCCAUACCGCCUAUAUAACGCCGAUGUCUUCGAAUAUGAGACCGAUUCCCCAAUGACUCUUUAUGGCUCCAUCCCUUUCAUGCAGGCACAAAAGAAGGGCUCCGCUGUCGGAGUUUUUUGGCUUUCCGCUGCCGAAACAUGGGUUGAUGUCGUUAAAACUAAACAAAGCCCCCAUGUUUUGACAACUGAGAAAGCGUCCACACAAACUCAUUGGAUAUCUGAGAGUGGUCUCCUGGAUGUGUUUGUGCUUCCUGGUCCGGAUGCGAUCUGGGUUUAUAGGCAGUACGGUGAACUCACCGGUUUCACCGCUUUGCCUGCAAUGUUCUCCAUUGCUUAUCACCAAUGCCGCUGGAACUACGUCUCUCAAGAUGAUGUCGAGGAUGUUGAUAGGAAGUUCGAUAAAUUUGACAUUCCUUAUGACGUUAUCUGGCUAGAUAUUGAGCAUACAGAUGGCAAGAAGUAUUUUACUUGGGAUCCGUUGACAUUCAAGAAGCCGGAGUCUAUGCAGAAAACAUUGGCCAAGAGAGAUAGAAAGGUAUCUUCGAUUCCUCUAUUAACAUACCCGGGGAGCUUUUUUCUAACCUGAAUAGCUCGUCGCUAUCGUUGACCCGCAUAUCAAGAAUGACGGAGAUUAUACCGUCGGCAAAGAGAUGGUUGACAAGGGGUUUGGCGUCAAGGAUAAAGGUGGCGAUAAGGUGUACGAGGGGUGGUGUUGGCCCGGAUCGUCUCAUUGGGUGGACUGCUUUAAUCCUGCUGCCGUUGAUUGGUGGAAGACGCUCUUCAAAUUCGACAAAUAUAUUGGAUCUACUCCUAAUCUGUGGAUAUGGAAUGACAUGAACGAGCCUUCUGUUUUCAACGGACCAGAAACUACCAUGCCAAAAGACAACAUCCAUCAUGGCAAUUGGGAACAUAGAGACGUCCACAACAUCAACGGAAUGUCUUUUCAUAAUGCCACAUAUGAGGGCUUGAAGGUCAGAUUAGGCAAUGGGAAGGAGAGAAGGCCCUUUGUCCUCACCAGAAGCUUCUUCGCUGGAAGUCAACGGAGCGCUGCUAUGUGGACUGGUGAUAAUCAGGCCGAUUGGGCUCAUUUGCAGCAGGCGUUCCCAAUGUUGUUGGCCAACGGCAUCGCCGGAUUCCCUUUUGCUGGAGCUGAUGUUGGAGGAUUCUUUGGCAAUCCGUCUAAAGAACUUUUGACUAGAUGGUAUCAAGCCGGCGCUUUUUACCCGUUCUUCCGUGGCCAUGCCCACAUUGACGCCAAGCGAAGAGAGCCGUAUCUUGCAGGUGAACCAUACGUUUCAAUCAUCAGAGAUGCUAUCCGCCUCCGGUACUCCCUCCUUCCCGCCUGGUAUACCGCUUUCCAGCGAGCGAGCUGGCAAGGCAUGCCGAUCCUUCGACCCCACUUUGUCGCGUUUCCCGACGACGAGGCUGGCUUUGCUAUUGACGAUCAAUUCUUCUUGGGCGAUACUGGUCUGUUGGCCAAGCCAGUGGUUAAAGAGUCCGCCACCGAGACUACCAUUUACUUCCCCGAUGAUGAGGUCUACUAUGAUUACUUUGACUUCAGCGCGUAUCACCGGAAGGGGCACCACGAGGUUCCUGCAACUCUUGAGAAGAUUCCGCUUUUUAUGAGGGGCGGCUAUAUUAUUCCCAGAAAGGAUAGGCCAAGGAGAAGUUCGGGUUUAAUGAAGUAUGACCCAUACACAUUGGUUAUUUCAGUAAGCAGCGAGGUAAGCUUCUAAUUUCAGUGAGUUAAUUACGCGGGCUUUUACUAACGAUCGUAGGGUUCCGCUGGUGGUGUUCUCUAUGUCGACGAUGGUGAGACAUAUGCUCAUGAAUCGGGCGCAUACAUUCACAGAGCCUUCACGUUCAACCACGGAGAUAAUGCCCUCCGCUCGGCAAAUCUUCACCCGGAGCCGGAAAAGGCCGCAGCCUACAACAAGGUUAUGAGGUCCGUGAGGGUGGAGAGAAUCAUUGUCGUCGGUGUAGGUAAGGAAUGGGCUACGAGGAGGGAAGUGGAGGUAAAGCAGGGUAGCAAGUCUUGGAAAGCAAAGAUCGUUUACACCGAGGGUAGGGGAGGUAGGGCCAAUACGGCCAUGGUUAGGGAUCCAAAGGUUAGCAUUGCCAAGGACUGGAGUAUCAGCUUUGCGUAAAUUAUUAUUUGUUGCAGUAGCCUUGGAGUGGUAGUAGUAACAGGGGCUGCUGUUUUUAUUGUCUUCUGUCGUUUGCUACGCGGGAUACCAUGGCGUACAACGUAUUCAGAGUGUAUGUCGCCUUUUUUUUUUUUUUUU